AUGCCUGUGUCCGUUAUGUUGAUCCUACUAACUGUCCUACUACUGAGCAUAGUUGAAUCGGGAAUAAGCUUGGACUUUGAAAUCGUGCUGCUGCAAAUUGAACAAAAUUACAAACGGGAUACAUUUGACACGGCAGUUGCACUACAACGAAAUGUCUAUUUGACAAACUUGGCUAUAGGAUCGAAUAAAGACGAUGUUGUUGUGUCUAUAGAUACGGGCUCUUCAGAAUUAUGGGUUAUGUCCACUGAUGUAUCGUGUCAAACUGUAAGUCAGUUGCAUUCAGAAAACCCACCCGAUAUACCACAUUUAUUCAACGACUUGCCUCAAGAUUAUUCGUGUGCUGCAAAUGGUACGUUCAAUACAAAAGACUCAGCAACGUAUCAGUUUAUAAGCAACGAUUUCAGCAUUGGAUUUGCUGACGGGUCAGCUGCUAUUGGUGAAUAUGGUCGUGAUGACGUUGGAGUAGGGAACGUGACUAUAGAAGGGUUGAAGCUAGGUGUUGCCAAUGCAUCUAGUGUUGAUAUGGGGAUAUUGGGUAUCGGACGCAAUGACAAGUAUGGCAAUUUUGUUUCCUUGUUGAGGAAACAAGGACAUAUAAAUUCUGCUCAAUACGCAAUCUAUCUAAAUGACAAGACUGGUAAUAUACUAUUCGGAAGUGUCGACGACACCAAGUACAUUGGACAUUUGGCAACUACUCAUAUGGAGAACAGUGCGGUUCACAUUAAGGAAGUAUGGCUAAGUCUGUCCGACAGCAAUGCCAAAACAACCAUCCAAUCGGGAAGUAAACAUGUGAUUUUCGACACCGGCUCCACAUUUUCAACAUUACCACUGAACUGGAUUCAGAAAAUUGGACAAUCGUUGAAUGGAACUUAUGAUGACAACGAAAUGGCAUAUCAAGUACCUUGUGAAAUGAAGGACAUAGACACAAAAUUCAACUUCAAGGUCAGCAACACUACUUUGAGCGUGCCUGUAUCAGAUUUCAUCAUCAAUAAUGAAAGAACAAAUGGGAAAUGCUACUUAGGCAUCAUGGAUGAGUCGCUUAUAGGUGGCACGAUAUUUGGGUCAGAUAUAUUGAAGCAGUUUUACGUCGUUUUCAAUUUGGAAGAUAAUAAGUUGUCAAUAGCACCAGUAACCCAUGAAGACAUAGCAUCAGAGAGCCAGAGUUCGAGUCAGAAUCAGAGCCAAAGCCAAAGCCAAAGCAAGCCCAGUAACUCAGAAGAGGAUAGGUUUGCAAACCGAUCGGAGGCAAGUACAUACCGCAAAAAAACGUUGCUAUAUGUGUAUUGCAUCAGUUUGAUGCUCUUGUCCAUCUAUGUAAUUGUUUUAUACUAG